AUGGCGUGUGAAGAAGAGAAGCAGACUCUUACUCCAAAGGAAAUUAUACAUGAGAAGUUUGGUGCCAAAGCAAGUUACAGAAUUGAGCAAGUUCAAGCUUCUUCUCCUCCAAAAGCUCCAUUCUUUUACUACAGAUGCCACUUGCAGCUACCGGAAUUCUCCGUUGUGUCAAAUGUCUUCAAGAACAAGAAGGAUUCCGAACAGUCAGCUGCUGAAUUGGCUCUUGAAAAGCUAGGCAUUCAUCCUCAGGAUGAUGAUGAUGAUGAUGAUAGUAUAACUGUGGAGCAAGCUUGGGAUGAUAUCGCUCAACGCUUAAAGCAUAUAUUCUCUGAUAAGUUUCUCUCAGCUGAUCAUCCUCUGGCUAGUCACAUAAGAGCAAUAUGGCAAAGAGACGGUGAACGUUGCGGAUCAGUUCCUGUUUCUGUCAUUUCUGCAUUUGAUGAAACGAUUAUCAGCCGCUGUGAAGUGAUUGACCCUUCAGUGGGAUCAGAUCCUGUCUUGGCCAUGUCCUAUGUCAUAAAGGCUGCUGCAAUGCUGUGUGACUACAUCGUCUUAUCUUCCAAAGUAGAUGCAUUUUCAAGGAUCAAUCCAAACUAUCACGCAAUUGUAAAACCUACUCAUGUGGGAAGAAGCGUAACGUUCAAGGCCGUGUAUAUACGAUGCACCAUUGACGGUGAAGAGGUUGUUGAGCCAAUCACUCUUGCUGUCUCUCCAGGCCAGUAUUACUUGGAUGUGAUUGCUGAGAAGCUUGGUUUGGAAGAAGGAGGCUUAGUGUUGAUAUCCAGGACGGUUGGCAAAAAUUGUAGAGUAUACUCUGCAAUUUCUAAGUUGAAGACUGAUAACUCGUGGAAAGCAGAUGGGAAACGCCCGGUUGCUGAGUCAUCACAUUUGGAGAAGACUCAGAAUGCGAAAGCAAGUCUUGUUUGUGGUCAAGAUGUUCAUGGUGAUGCCAUCGUUGCAUCUGUUGGUUACAUGUCCCAUGGAGAUCUUGAACAUGAUGAUGUAACCUUGAAGUCAUUUUACAGGAUAUGUUGCGGUGUGUCUCCUAAUGGAAUCUAUAAACUCUCAAGACAAGCAUUAAUCGCUGCGCAGCUGCCAUUUUCGUUUACUAGACAGUCUAGUUGGAGAGGUCCACUUCCUAAGGAGAUUCUCAGCAUGUUCUGCCGCCAACAACAACUAUCUGAGCCUGUCUUUACUAUAUCUACUACUCCUGUGAAACCACUCUCAGACCUAUUAAGAUCCUUCAAGAAGUUGAAAGACUCAGAUGCUACCAAGUACAACGAGUAUAAUAUGAAGAGGAGGGGAAAAGAGAGAGUACUAUCAUCAGGGUAUAGAUGUGAAGUGAAGAUUCUCUCAAAGUCACAGGAUUUGGUUCUAGAUUGUUCACCAGGGAAGCUCUACAGGAAGGAGGAUGAUGCUAUACAGAACGCUUCACUGAAAGCACUCUCAUGGUUUAGUAGCUUGUUCGACGACCUUGAUGCAGACGCAGAACAGCCACGUUACACGAGUGAAGAUCUUGAUUGGAUGUUUGAACGGAAUGUCAUGAUAAGAGGGGCGUUUCCAAGCAGUGAAAAGAAGAAGAAGCUAAAACGAUACGGUGGUAUGUAUGGCGAAGAAGAUAAGAAGCGUGUUCAGACUAUACAGAAUGGUUUUUUGGUUACUAUAGGCUACUCUGUGUCUGUGGAGGUGGAUGCUGAUUUUUCCAAGAAUGGUAAAGGUUUGAGAGAAGUUGUUGAGAGUAGUAAAGAGAUGGAGUUUGAGGUAGGGAAUGGUUCUAUGAAUGCACAUCUUGAAUCAGUUGUUACUCAGAUGUCUGUGGGGCAAAGUGCUUGUUUUUUUACUAAUAUGCCUGCGGAAGAGUUGGUUAUUGCUGCUGCAAAUGAUUCUGUGAGGACUCGCUCACUCUUAUCAGGUAAUGAAUGA